AUGGCUAGGUGUAACUCUGAGGAGUUUGAAGAAACUUGGCAUACAAUGAUUGUGUUAGGAAAUCUAUAUGAGAAUACUUGGUUGAUUAGCUUGUACAAUAUCAGACAUAAGUGGUCAACAGCUUUCAAUAAGGAAAUAUUUGGGAUGGGGAUCCCUUCAACACAAAGGAGUGAGUCCACGAAUAACAUUUGUCAUAAUGCCUCUAAGCCAACAAGCACCCUCACUGAGAGUUUCUUGAGUCUUGAAAAAGUUAUGAAAGCUUGGAGAAAGAAUGAGAGGGAUGAAUAUUUUAAAUCUGAAAGGUCUGCAAUUGUCCCCGCUGUAAAAAGUAGUCCUGUGUUGAGGCAAGGAGCUUUAGUUUAUACGAGGAAGCUAUAUUCAAUGUUUCAAGCAGAGUUGUUACAUGGUAUGUGUGGUCUUGUUGUGGAGUGCUCAACCACAUCAAAUUCAGAAUUUUAUGUUAGAAACUUAGAUAAUGAGCACACAGUCAGACCGUGGAUUGUUAAGGUCGAUAAAGCAACUUGUUCGAGUGGUCUCAUAUAUCGAACGCACGUUCAUAAAUUUGCAUACCGGAUCAGCAUAUUAACUCAAGCUAAUGAACUUGCUGAAAAAAACGUGUUGGAAACAUUAACGAAACUAACACUCGAAUCUGAAGCCAUAUUGAAUGGGAAAAAACCUCAGGAAAUGUCAAUGUCAAAGAAGAAAAAGACACCGAAUAAACCACACAAUUUGAAAGACCCAACGAAGAUGCGGCCAAAUAGCGUUUCUAAUGCUAGAUUAAAAGGCUUUUGGGAGAAGAAUAACCGAUCAAAAAGAAAGGAUAAAGAAGUUGUUUCAAGUCAAGAAACAUUUCAACCAUCAAAUCCAAGCCAAUUUCCAAUUUUCAAUGUCGGAUCAGCAUAG